UUUGUUUUGUAGCAAAAGAGAAAAAUGGCGGGAAAAGUGUAUAUGAUGAUGGCAUUGAUAAUGAUGGGAUGUGUAUUACAAGCAUGCAAUGGAACGAGCGUUGGAGAGAGCAAGGGAACGCAAGAUCGAAGAUUCGAUUGUUUUAGAGACUGUUCCGUAAGUUGUGGCAAACAAAACAAACCUUGUUACCAAGAUUGUUUGACCAAGUGUGGUCUCCCACAACGACCUCCUAGACCAACACCAUCUUCGUCAUCUCCCUCCACCGUUUGAUCUUAUUUCUUAUUUUUGUGAUCUGUGUCAUUCGUAUUCUUCGAAGAAGAUCCUUAUCUAUUUCGAUCAAUAUGCUCAAGGAUGUCUUCUAUAUAUGUUAUAUUACUGAGGGA